AUACAUUAACACAACGGUAGUUGGUAUAAAGAUAUUUACUUAGUUUUUGACGAGAUCAGUGACUUUCAAAUCUCUAUCUGUAUCUGGUUAGUUUGCCACGGGUCAUUUCCUUAACAUGUAUCAAAAUGCUUAUCUACGAAACGGAUUGAUAGUAUUGGUUAUUCUUGUUUGUUUUGGUACAAAUUCGAAUGGACUAAAAGUAUCUGUCUACUACGAAGCGCUGUGCCCAGACAGUGUAAGAUUUAUUGGUCGUCAGCUCUACCCCAAAUGGGACCAAAUUAAGGACUAUAUCGACGAGUUGGAAUUUGUACCCUUUGGCAAAGCCAUAUACGUGCACCACGAUGCUGAUGUUGUAAAGCAAGCACCUGAGCGUUACUCAUUCAGUUGCCAACAUGGUCGUAGAGAAUGCCAAGGAAACAAGUACCAGGCUUGUGCACUAUCGCAAAAUAAAGGCAAAGAUGUAGAAGUGCCUUUGGUUUAUUGUAUCAUGAAAAGUAUAGAUCCUUCUUCUUUCGACACUGUUGAAGAGUGUGCUAGGAGAUUUGGAUUAGAUAUUCCGAAGCUGAAAUCCUGUUCCGACAGCAUAGAAGGAGACAAACUUCUAGCUACCAAAGGAGACCGCACGUUUCAGCUGGAUCCAAAUAUUUCUUUCGUUCCCACCAUUGUCUUUGAUGAUCAGUUUAAACAAGUGGAACAGUCUCAAUCUUUAAAAGAUUUCGUUGCUGUUGUUUGCUCUAAGAUACAAAAUAAGAGUAAACCAAGUGUAUGUAAUGGCAGACAGUUACCACAGUUGCCGUCUUUCGAUGAUUAUUAUUAUUAGGUAAAUGGAAUAAGGCUAUUUAAAUCCAAUACAUAUUUA